AUGAUCGGCGCCCUCAUUGGUGUUGGUACUAUACUAGCAGCUACAUAUUCGCACUCUCGAUUAUUCCUCAAGGCAUAUCAAUAUCUCUUCCCAAUGACCCAGUUCUUAUCUUCGACAAGAGAUAAUCUGGCAUGUGAGACUAAGGCACCUGACGAAAUUGGAGAGCUUCCUGCUGAAGAAUUGCCACUUCAGCUACUUUUGAAGACUAUCCUUGACACUCUCAACUGCCGAUGUGUCCUUUAUCAGAUGAUGUGUUCAUUGUCAGAAUGCUCCAUGGAGGUUCCGCAAUCUCCUGAAUCUGAUACAACUGUCUUUGCCCCUUUCUCUGACAAGUUGAUGGGGGCUUUACUCAACGUUGCCCCUACACAUUGUAAGCUUACGCAUGAAGAUAAACCACUGUACCGUGGCGUCUUCGAUCUUGCCUUGUUACUGGAAGCGAGUUGUGUGCCAAGAUUGGUGACCCCCUAGCGGUGAAGAUCAACUGGGAGUCUCAAAUACUACUCUGUCCGUCC